AUGCGUCGUAUGGCGACUACUAUGUAUUCAAUGGCGCGAUCACAACCUAAACCUGAAGGCGAUAUUUCAUCCGUGUUUGCCAGUCUCUCGGGUGUAGAUGCUGGCAAACCUCUUGAACCUCGAUUUUCACAAUUAAAAGCACAAAUCAUCAGAGGUCACGAACAACAAGUCAAAGACAGCUGGUAUCGUCUACUUGAUGCUCUGAAACAUGAAAAUGAUACGAUUCGUUUUUCUGAUAAAUCAAUUAUUCCUGAAGUCGAGUUCAAUAGUAUAAAAAAUCUUUCAGCUAAUUUGGUAAAUGAGAUUCGAAACCGUGGGACAAUGAUCGUACGAGGUGUUUUGCCUGAGAACGAAGCAUUGAAAUUGAAACUCGAUGCUGAAGAUUACAUCAAACAAAAUCCUAACACGAAAGCUUUCCCCAAAGAUAAACCAGUCGUAUACGAAUUGUAUUGGUCACCUUCACAAAUUCGAGCUCGUGCUAAUUAUCGAGUAGCUGAAACUCUUGCUUUUGCAAAUUCAUUAUGGCAUGCAUCACCGUCAACUCAUAUCUCGUUGAGCGAGAAUAUUAUCUAUGCAGAUCGCUUACGAAUUCGUCAACCAGGUGAUACAGAAUUUGCACUCGGUCCACAUGUGGAUGGUGGAAGCAUUGAGCGCUGGGAAGACUAUGAGUAUAGAUCAUGCUACAAGUCAAUUUUUGAAGGUCGCUGGGAAGAGAAUGACUUUUUUGAUGCUACACAUCGUGUUGGCGCACAAAUGUCUCUCUACAAUACGAUCGGUGGAUGUUCCAUCUUUCGUUCAUGGCAAGGUUGGCUUAGUGCUUCGACUGUUGCUCCAGGUGAAGGUGGACUUUUGGUAAAUCCACUUCUGAAACAUGCCGCAUCUUACUGGCUCUUACGACCAUUUUUUACACAGACUCAAAAUGGAAGCGAUUGGGAAAUCGAUACAACGAGUAUUUGGCAAGGUGCCAUACCUGGUCGUGGACAAGAAAUGAAUGAUAAACUGCAUCCCCAUUUACAAUUAUCUACAUCAAUGAUCCCGAUUCCCAAAGUUCGACCUGGUGACAUGGUCUUGUGGCAUUGCGAUACGAUUCACGCUGUUGAUAGCAUUCAUCGAGGUCAAUCAGAUUCUAGCGUUUUCUACAUUCCUGCAGUACCAUUGUGUGAAAUGAAUGUAAAAUAUCUGGCUCAACAGCGUGAUGCUUUUUUACAAGGCAUUCCACCACCAGAUUUUCCCGGAGGUGAAGGUGAAUCACAUCAUAUUGGUCGAGGAACACAUGAAGAGUUGAUCCAACUCAGCGGGGGACGUUCAAUGGGCUUUGACUUGUUUUCGAUCCAAUCAGAUAUGCAAAUAGGCGAAAAACAGAUAAUCACACGUGCCAACACCAUUUUAAAUCUAUAA